CAAACCCCAUCAAUUGCAUUUGCUAUCGAAUUAAUGGAAGCCAUUGCUGAUAGAGUCAUUGGGCUAUUGGGCUCUUUGGCUUUUAAAGAGCUUGAUAUUCUUUGCAACUUCCAAGAUGAUUUAGAGAGCAUGAACAGCAUGGUCUCUGCAAUCAAAGCAGUACUUCGUGAUGCUGAGGCAAAGGACAUGAAGGAUAAUCUGAUCAAUGACUGGCUAGUGAAGCUCAAAGAUGUGCUACUUGAUGCAGAAGACUUGUUGGAUGCUUACUCCGCAGAUGAGCUUGCUAGGGAAGUGAUGACUAAAGGCAAAAGAGCCAAAGGGGUACGUAUAUUCUUCUCUAAAUCCAAUCGAAUUGUUUGUGCUGCUAAAAUAGGUCAUGAGAUUCGGGCAAUCAGGAAGAAACUUGAUGGCAUUUUCAAUGAGAAAAACAAUCUGCAUUUGAGUAAAAUCUCAUCCACUGCUUCCAUUGAGUCUCAUGACUGUAGGGAAACCUACUCGUUUGUGAGGGAGGAAGAUGUUGUAGGAAGAGACGAGGAAAGGAAGCAUCUUGUUAGUACCCUUUUAGACCUUGAUGUGAAAACUAAUGUUUCUGUGGUACCCAUAGUUGGGAUUGGAGGAUUGGGGAAGACUACACUUGCUCAACAAGUGUAUAAUGAUGAGGCUAUCAAAAAGCAUUUUGAGCUAAUGAAGUGGGUUUGCGUGUCUGAUGAAUCCUCUGAAUUUAACAAUAAGAAGGUAGCUCAAAACAUAAUUGGACAUGAAAUAGGUGGUGACGUGGAGAAAGUCACAGAGGCUUUAAGAGACAAGAUUGAGGGGAAACUUUUUCUGCUUGUGUUAGAUGACUUCUGGAAUGAGGAUCGUGAGAAAUGGCUUAAAUUAGAAAGCCUGUUAAGGGGAGGAAAAAAGGGAAGCAUGAUUAUUGUGACCACGCGUAGUAAAAUAGUAGCACAAAUAAUGGGCACAUUUGUACCUCUUUACUUAGAUGAUUUGGAUUUUAAAAACUCUUGGGAGCUAUUUCAUAGAAUGGCUUUUAAGGAUGGGAAAGAACCAGAUAAUCAAGAGUUGGUAGGUAUUGGAAGGGACAUUGUGAGAAAAUGUGCAGGAGUUCCCCUUGCCAUAAGAACUAUUGGUAGCCUCUUGUUCACUAAAAAGAUGGGAGUGAGUGAAUGGUCAUAUUUUAGGGAUAAUGAUCUUGCAAGUAUAGAUUCUGAUGACAAGAAUAAAAUCUAUUCUAUCCUUAAACUUAGUUAUGAUCAUCUUCCCUCCCAUUUGAAAAAUUGCUUUGCAUUUUGCUCUCUGUUUCCUAAAGAUUAUGUGAUUGAGAGAACAACACUUGUUCAACUAUGGAUGGCUGAGGGGUUCAUUCAACCCUUGGAUAAACAUAGAUGCAUGGAAGAUGUUGGUGACGAGUACUUCAAGAGUUAUUGUCAAGGUGCUUGUUUCAAGAUGUGACGCUAGAUGCUUACGGUGAUAUAGAGUCAUGUAAGAUGCAUGACCUUAUACAUGAUCUAGCACGAUCACUCGUUAAAAAUGAGUGUUACAUUAUCACAAGUAGUGAAAUGGAAGAAAACUUCAAUGAUAGGAUUCGUCAUAUGUCAUGUCAUUUAAAGACUGGUAGUUAUUGGGAGUUCCUGGUUGAUGAUGACAAGACAAAGAGAGUGAGAACAAUUAUGCCUCAAGUGAGUUGUAAAGGUAUCUCAAGUAAUUCCCCUCUUUUAAAUUUCUUUCAUUUAAUAUGUGGUUCUACAGCAUCAUUUCCAAAGUACUUGCGUGUUUUGUGUUUAAAAGCAUUUAACAUUCCAGAGAGUAUAGGAGAACUAAAGCGUUUGAGAUAUCUUGAUUUAUCAUAUAAUAAUUGUCUUGAGAAACUUCCUUAGGCAAUUGCUAAGUUACAUAACUUACAAACCCUGAAAGUUAAUCAUUGUAAAAUGUUAAAAGAGUUGCCAAGAGAUAUCAAGAAGAUGGUAAGUCUCAGACAUUUUGAAUUUCAUGAUUGUGAGAGGUUGGAAUAUAUGCCAUGUGGUUUAGGAUGCUUGACUAAUCUUCAAACAUUGAGAAGAUUUAUAGUGAAUGAAAGGAAAGGUAGUGCAAGGAUAGGGAGCUGCAAAAUCUCAAAGGCCUGAGGGGUUUACUAUGUAUUAAAAACUUAGAAAGGCAGCGGUGUAACACUAAGGAGGUUGAGUAUGUGAAGUUGUUGAAUGACAUGUUAGGUCUUCGAGAAUUGCAACUAAUGUGGCUAUCGGAUGAAGAAAUUGAAGGUAAAUAUUGGGAAGAAGAGAUACAUGAUAAGGAUGCGAUAAUUUUGCAAGCUUUACAGCCUCCUUGCACAAUUAUAGAUCUGAGUAUAAAUAGAUAUUGUGGCAAACAAUUAUCAAAUUGGAUAGAGCUUUUGUCAUCCUUGCAACGGCUUACACUCAACAAUUGCUUUGCUUUAGCAUCACUUCCUGAUUCAAUGGGGAGCCUGACAUCAUUGCAAAGACUUUCAAUCAUUACUUGCUCGACUUUGGCAUCACUUCCUGAUUCAAUAGGGAGCCUGAAAUCAU